AUGAAGGACCACGAACCCGGACCCGUUCCCAUGUGGCAGCGCGGCUACAACCGGCGCAGGAUUGUGAGGGUGUUGAUUGCGGCGGUCGUUAUCCUGGUUUGUUUACGGACACUGUCAUCAGUCGAGUCGAUAGAGUCAUGGCUUCCCACACGGGACCGACCUGCAACGGCUGAAGAAUACGGUGAACUCCAAACCUUACCGAUUUCCGGGUUUCUCAACGAUGGCAAAGCAGGCCAACGAUCGUGCGACGAGUUAAGAUAUGAGGGCCAGCUACAAGUGCAGACCAGUUUAUAUCUGGAGGACGAUCUCGUUGAGAUGGCGACUGCGUUGCAAGGUCACCCGAUGAUCGAUUAUCUGGGGAUGGAUAAGGAAGGCCCCUUUGAAGAUGCAGUAGCGAAAACAUGGGCCAGGCUGUCUGGAUCCAGUGUGUGGCUCGAGGAUUACAAAGUGUUCCUGAGCGUGACGAGAGUGAUAUUCUACAACAAAGGUGUCAAGCAUUGGCCGGCCAUCAGUUUUCUGCGAGGCCAGCUUUAUGACGAGGAGUGGAACGAGCUGAAGAACUACACCAUUUCAUGGCGUGGCACCGACAUGACCUUCCCACUCACUUUCAACAUUCCCGCUCCCUAUGAGGAGGGCGGUGGGUUCUACGGACCCGAGGAUCCCAGGAUCAUCAUCGAAGAUGGAGUCGACGACGCCGAACCAAUUGUCGUGUUCAACAUGUUCAGCGACCUGAAGACCGCCAUCAGGGCAAUGUACAUUUUCCGCCCAUUUUCCAACGUCACCACCAUUCUGAGUAUCAAUGGCCAGAAAGAAAGAGCCAUGGCUGAGAAAAACUGGGCCCCAUUUUUCCACAACGAGCGUGAAACGAUCGCCGUGGGACAGAAGAAAUGGCCCAGCCAGUAUAUCCAUUUCAUCCACAGUUUCGGUCCCCUGACCGUGCUCAAGUGUCAUAUAGGCAACGGUUGGUGCGAUUUGGUUUAUGAACAAAAGAUUGCCGAAGGAUUGGCAGGUAAGCAUGGCGAUGACCACGGACGCAUGAGCGGCGGGACGAAUUUGGUUCCCCUGGCGCUCAAGUCGAGUCCUGGAGUCCACGCCUAUGUCGGGUUCCCCAGGUCGCAUAUCGAUGUCGGCUGUAAGUCGGUGUCUAUGUACAGGCCUGAACUUUUGGUGUUGACUGCCUAUGGGGACGACUUCUACCUGAAUUUUCUGUCGGAUUCGGUCGAUUUUGGUGAUGCCGCCAUCCCACCUGAAGGGUUGGCGGAUCCAUGCGGAGAGGGCCAUAUUCUGAUUGCCAACAGCAUCGCCAAGUGGGAGCGGUCAAGACGCAAAGAUGAAAUGACUAUUUCCUUCUCGGUGGCCGAUUCGACGGUCCAAGUUCUGAAACUGCAUGGAGUCCACAAGUUCCUCGCACAGCUACCACAUCUUUCCGCUACCCUACAACGGGACUUCUCUCAGGAUGGCGAAACAAUAUGGGAUCUAAGAUGGUCAGCUGUGGGAAAAGAUGUUAUUGCUUGCUCCGUCGAAGCUGCGCAGAAUUACUCUAUCGCUGUUGCUGCUCCUUUCAAGGGGUUGGCAAAGGGUGAGAAGGAGGAGGAAGAGGAAAAGCCAAAAGAGGAAAGUAAGAGUGAAGGCGAGGGCGAUAAGGCAAAGGAUGACCAGUCGGACAAAAAGGAUGAAACGGUCGUUGAAAACCUAUGGGACUAA